UUCCCGUGUUCUGAAAUUAACAGAUUUUCUCGUCGUUGAACAAUUGCGCAUGCGUAUUGGCUAACCGAAUGACUGAUGCUGCUGUCAGUAAUUUUUUUCUUUGAGGCGUGCACUGCAGUGACACAUAGACGAGGGGUUGGUAAUAGAAUGAAGGAUUCUGAUGCAUUUCCGUUUCCAAUUUUAUUAAAAGAUAGCUGUUGAAGAUAUCAGCUCGGGUGGCAUUACAGAGGAACGCGCAGAACCGACAGAUUUGAUCCGCACGGAUUUGUCCUGAUUACAAAAGCUAUAGACAUCUCACCAAGCCUGAAGAGGAAACCUGUCUUCAUACUCGUCUAACAGAGGAGAGGAGAGGAGAGGAGAGGAGAGGAGAGGAGAGGAGAGGAGAGGCGAGGAGAGGAGAGCAGAGGAGAGGAGUGGAAAGGAGAGACCAUCACAGACUGUACACAGGAUGUGAGGAGAAGAGGACGAGAGCGCUUUAUCAGACCAUCCAUAAAUGCCUUCAGUGCCACUAUUCCGUGGUUCCAGAUCUCUGUAGGAUCUUUCAGAGAAGAGCAUUAUGAUGCUGAAGUGCAUGCAAUUUGAAGACUCGGUUCACGUUUCCUUGGGAGCGUCUUCACUGGCACCGUUUUCCUCCUAAUCGCAUCAUUUCUCGACAAACCGAUUUACGUAAACUAUGCGUAAUUGGAGGAACCUUUUAGGGUUGCACGAACGCCACUGAUCGCGUGCGUAAUCUUGGUUUAGUGCAGCCUCUCAUUAAGCGGUUGAGCCAUUGCGCGCAUGUUUCCCCCGGGUCGGUGCGCGUUGCCUCGCCCGAGCUUUAGGAUGUAACACCCGUCCCUCGCUCGCGACAUGCUCGAGCGACGCGAUGGUCCAAGGCGACGAGAAAGACCGAGUUGUGAUUAACGUCGGGGGGAUCCGGCACCAGACCUACCGCAGCACCCUGCGCACUCUGCCGGGGACGCGCUUGGCCUGGCUCGCCGAGCCCGACGCCCACAGUCACUUCGACUACGACGCUCAUGGCGACGAGUUUUUCUUCGACCGUCACCCGGGUGUCUUCUCGCACAUCCUGAACUACUACCGCACAGGGAAACUGCACUGCCCAGCGGACGUGUGCGGUCCGCUCUAUGAGGAGGAGCUCGCCUUCUGGGGCAUCGACGAGACGGACGUGGAGCCGUGCUGCUGGAUGACCUACCGACAACACCGCGAAGCCGAGGAAGCCCUAGACAGUUUCGGCGGCGGGCCCGCCGACAUGGGCAUCGACGAGGUGGACGGAGACGGUUUGGGCGAACCAGGGGACGGCGACGAUGAGUUGGAAAUGACCAAGAGGCUCGCGCUCGGAGACACGACCGACGCCAAAACGGCCGGACUGUGGCAACGAUGGCAACGUCACGUUUGGGCGCUCUUCGAGGACCCUUACUCUUCUAAAUAUGCAAGGUGGGUGGCGUUUGCCUCUCUGUUCUUCAUCCUGGUAUCUAUAACCACAUUCUGCCUGGAGACACACGAGGCCUUCAACCCCAUCAUCAAUCGCACGGAUGUUGACCCGCACGACAAUAACAUCACACGAAUCUACCAGGAGACUGAGACCGAGGUCUAUCUUACUUACAUCGAGGGCGUGUGCGUGGUAUGGUUUACCUUCGAGUUCCUCAUGCGCAUCACCUUCUGUCCAGACAAAAAAAAGUUCAUCAAAAACACCCUCAACAUUAUUGAUUUUGUGGCCAUCCUGCCUUUCUACUUAGAGGUGGGUCUAAGCGGCCUGUCCUCCAAAGAGGCUAAAGAUGUGCUUGGGUUCCUGCGCGUGGUGCGAUUUGUGCGCAUUCUCCGAAUCUUUAAACUGACACGCCACUUUGUGGGCCUACGUGUGCUUGGGCAUACACUCCGCGCCAGCACCAAUGAGUUCCUUCUGCUCAUCAUCUUCCUUGCCCUUGGAGUGCUCAUCUUUGCCACUAUGAUCUACUAUGCGGAGCGCAUUGGGGCCAAACCUAAUGACCCCCGUGCGAGUGAGCAUACGCACUUCAAAAACAUCCCCAUCGGGUUUUGGUGGGCCGUGGUCACUAUGACUACUUUGGGUUAUGGAGACAUGUACCCACAGACAUGGUCGGGCAUGCUAGUGGGUGCACUGUGUGCCCUGGCUGGUGUGCUUACCAUUGCCAUGCCUGUCCCAGUCAUCGUCAAUAACUUUGGGAUGUACUACUCGCUGGCUAUGGCAAAGCAAAAACUACCAAAGAAAAAGAACAAGCACAUCCCACGUGCCCCACAGUUGGGCUCUCCAAAUUUCUGUAAGUCAGGCACGAACUCGCCCCAUCACAGCACACAGAGUGACACAUGCCCGCUGGCUUCCCAGGACGAGGUUUUAGAAAUGAACCGAGCAGAUCCCAAACUGAACGGUGAGGCGGCUAAGGCAGCGCUGGCCCAUGAAGACUGUCCACACAUAGACCAGGCUAUUUCUCCCGAGGACGGACAGAUUUUUAGCCCCUGUCAACCACGUGGGGAAACUCCGUGUUUCCUUCUAAACAUGACCGGCCGUGCCACACACCCUGGCGCCAGAGUGAGGAAAGCUGGAACAUUCUCAGGGAGGGCAGGGGGGGAGCCGGCUGGUCCUACACUAGGCUACCCGCUGUUGCAGCUAGGGUGGACACACAGCCAGGAGGAUGGCCAUGCCAGAGUCACCACCUGACUGCCAGCCCCACUUUAAUCACAAAUAGCAGAGCGCAGAUGCCUUUUAGGACAGCAUUAGAAACUAAGACCCCCUCCAUCUCCUACAGCUUGAGAGAACCCUGUCAUAUUUACACAAUAUUUCAAUCAGUGUAGGGAAACACCGCUUGUACAGUACACACUCGCCAUCAUGCAGCCAUUUUAAAUACAACCAAGACUGUUUUGAUGGAAAUUCGUCAGCUUGUUUGCUUUCAACUACAAAGCCAGAAGCAAGUGGUAGGUUAAGGAUAAACAUUAUGAAUGAGGAAGAUUUCUAGUGGGAUCUUUUCAGCCCUUGUAGCCAGACUGGAGAUGCCCAUAGCUCUAUGUAUAAUACUUUCAAAUGAGGCUAUGUAAGACAAAUAAAAGUUAAUCAAGAGUGUCAUCACUAGGCAAGCAAUAGCAUUGUCUCUCUGUGUCUUGUGUCCAGCUCUGUGUGAGCAUGCUCUGUUUAAUUCCCUGUUUCCACUUUUAGAACCACCAUAAGAACAAUCAACAGCUACAGACCACACACAUUUCUCCUACACACUGUAUAUUUCUGUCUCAGUUUGCUGUUUCAAAUGUGUUGAUUGUGCUUGUAAGAGCUUUUGUUAGUGUGAAAGUAUUUUUAUGUACAUAUGUAGGCUAUGUAAGCAAAAGUGUGUGUGUGUGUGUGUGUGUGUGUGUGUGUGUGUGUGUGUGUGUGUGUGUGUGUGUGUGUUUGAGAGCGAGAGAGAGAGUUAGAGCCUAAGAAUGCUUGGUGUAUGAGUGGAUGUAGGUGUUUUAAAGCAAGUUCUGUAUUUUGGUGUGCUGCUGUGUGAUGCAUGUUUUAGGCCAGUUUAUGGGCCUUCCAGCAUGCUUUGUCCUGCUGCUAGGGCUGGUAUUGGUUGGGAGAAGGUCCUGUAGUGAGUACAAAAACAAAAAAGACAUAAAAACGGGUAAUAAUGGAAAAAAGUGUUAAUCUUGAUAACAGCCAUUAAUAUCACUUCCUGUAAUCUGUCAAGCAUUUCUGAAGAAGUUGUAAGAUAAUUUGAACAUCACUUUUACCAAGGGAUUUUGGGGCCAUAUCUACUAAUGCUAUGCAGCAGAUUUAUCCGUUAUUGCAAACGGGAUAAAAUGCAAAACUGUUCAAAAAGCCAUAUGUUCAUCAAAUGGCAAAUUGGACAUUUAUAUGUUUUGGCCAUUUUCAAUCGUUUUCCAAAUGGUUGGAAAAGGCAUGCCGGGUGUCUGACAUGGGUGUCUAAGCUAUGAUCUUCAUAAAAUUUCUAUGAUUUCCAAUGCUCCAGUCACUUGCUGUAUGGCAGACCAAGUCAAUGAACAUUACACUUACUUUCUUGCAGCCACAAUAUUGUUUGCAUACUGUACAAAGCAGCCAAAGAGGAAAUUAAUGAAUUAUUUUUCUAUAGAUAUAAAAUAGUUUUCUGUGGUAGUGAGACAAAUCCAUAACAGGGCUUAAAAUAUAGGCAGACAGGGUUAAAAUAAGGAUAAUCCUAAUCUACUGUAAGUAAAACAGGCCAAGAUCAAAACCAAGUUGUGCACUGAAAGGCUUGAAAUUAAGGUUACAAGCACAAUAGGAUUUUACAACACUGCUAAUGAAACAUCAGGGAAAAGAUAUACAACCUUAUCAUUAAAAAACACAAAACAGGUGAUGACAAUCACAUAACAAGCCAAUCAUAUGACAGGGAUGGAGACAGGACUAGAACAGAAAACUAAAUCACAUGAUAAAAAGGGGGAACUGUGAUUGUUGCAAAAUAGAUAAAACAUUUUUUUUUACAAGUGUUAGCGAACCAGUUACCAAUGUAGGCCUUAGUAUAUAUGGCCCUUCUCACUUUUGAAGUACAAAUGAAUUUUUCAAAUACCUCAAACAUAUUUGUAGCAUUUAUCCUGCACCUUGUUCUCCAGUUAUCUUGUUCACUGUCCUACCUGAUACCAGCCCAAAUAUUUCCUCUGUGCAUGUGAGCUCUUUUUAACUGCAUGAAACCCGAUAACUGGUAAAAUGACCCGGAGCAGAUGACAACUCAUCCAGAUGUAAAUCCAUCCAGAAAACUAAAAACAGAGCUCAGUGUCUCUGUAUCUGACUGUCAUAAACCAAGGUUAGAAAAAAAACCUGGCACAUGGACACUAUAGUCAACAGAGCUGGCCAAGUAGGUGUUGCUAUCCGCUAAGUCCUGUGCUCAGCUUGUUCUUGCACACCCAAUGUCCCUUUAUCCUGUGUGGAAGGAAUGCUGAAGUAAGGAGCAAUGUCCUAAUCUGUCUGCUAGAACUUCAAAGUCCUUCCUCCUUCCCUUCUUAUCCCUUAGCCUCAGCUGUUUUAGUGUGCUCCGUCCUUUCCUGUCCUUGUCCAAACUAAAGCUGUGCUUCUUUUCAUGGCUUUCCUCUCUUUUCUUCCUCUGUGUUACUCAGUGGCUUUCUAUCAAUGCCGUUUGUCUUUAGCUUUCAUAGAGCUGUUAGAUAGAAAAAAAGCUGUCUAAUGUCAAAAGAAGUUUCUCAGGGAAAGUGUAGAAACCAAGCUCCAACAGCAUAUCCUACAUAUCUAAUUGAAUGCAUACUUGAGGUUUCAUUUAGUCCUCCCUUUUGAUUUUGCUUUGCACUACAGCCCUGUUUACUUCACCAGCAGACACAUGUAUAUCAAACCGGAACAAUAAAUCUUUAAGUCAGUCAGAGGCAAGUUGUAGCUGAAACGAGAGCCCGAGAUUUUGAGUGUUUCUAUUCUAUGUGUGCUGCACCUCUUCUUUUUAUCUAUUUCUCUUCUGUUUUUUAAUCCACAAAAAUCUGUUAAUCUUUGAGUCCCUGUUCUUUUAUUCCACUUGACCUGCAACAUAGGUUUCCACCUUUGUCCAGUCUAAAAGCGAAGCCCCCUGCCCUUCCUGCAAAAAAAACAAAAUGUUUCCCGCAUGCCACAGUCUCUUUCUGCUGUCCUGAGUAGCUUUCUCUCUACUGUUUCCUUCUCUCUAUGUGUCUGUCCAUCUCUACUCUUUUUUAUUUUGGAUUGUCCAAGAAUCCAAUGCUUUUUUUUCCCUCCGUGAGAAGUCUCCUCACCUUAUUUUUCCUUCCCAAUCGUCCUCAUUGUGUGAGUUGAAUGGCCGAGGCGCAGUGGCAGGAUGACCCUGAGCAACCCCACCCUCCCCUGUAUUCUCUACUACAGAUUCCUGUAAAGACGAGACUGUCCUAGUUAAGUAUAUGCAGGCUGAAGCGCUCCGUGUGACCUGACCACUGGACCACAGCGACUCAGAGAGGAGAACUUUCCCUCUCCAACGUUUCUUGGCUCCUCAAUGGCUUGAGGUCACUUUGCAAAGGAGAGAGGCAUGUAGGGAGAAGGAAAGAGACAAGUCAAUAAGAUACCGGUUCUACUUUGAAUAUUAACUUCACAUACCCUGAUCGAGAAAGCAUUUUUUCCCUGAUUGAUAACCCUCUCAUAACAGCAAGAGUUCGGUUUUUUGGACAAGGACCAUUUUUUUAAGGCUGAAAGUGUGGACAAUGAUACAUCGACACCGAAGGCAUGGUACAAUCUGCUGUUGAGUUGACAAAGAGUGGAAUAACAUUAAUAAUCAAUGGUUCAUUAUAUCCACUAACACUUCUAAUGGUAUAAUCUACAAUGUCCUAUGUGACAGUUGUAGAAGGCUUACAUUUUAGCAUGAGUUGCAUGGUGGUAUGUGAAAAAAAAAGAAAAUAAAUAAAAUUGCUUACUGCUGUUAUGAAUAUCUGUAUGAAAAAAAACCCUAUAUUUUCUUUCUUCACUUUUUUGAAAACGCUUCAUGUAGCCAUGAUUACAAGAUGUUCAAAGAUGUACAUUUUCUUAGCAGUGAAUUAUUCACUUUUCCAUAUUUUCAUUUGUGCAACCAACCACCUGUAAGCCAGCUCUGGUCAUAUUGACCUCAGAUCCUGAAUUGAGAAACAAGACGUUGCUAGGGAAGACAAAAUAACUGAUUUCAGCAGGCUUUCUGUGUGGUCAAUUCAAUCUUUAGAUCUUGUUUCUGUUUGGCAUGCUUGUGCUAUAGAAUCUUGAUAAGAGAAAAAAAAUAGUUGAUAUUUUUCUGUUUUAUGCUAUAAUAUUGAUGCGUAGAUCAUGUGGAGAGCUACUGUAAGCAACUGUUUAUUUCUCAUAAUAAGUACAGACUUUUGACAGUGUUAUUUUUGAAAAAUAAAUGAAUUAAAAAAAAGAAAAAAUGUCAUAGUGUCAAAAGACAGGAGUCAAGAUGUGUGUCGCGCAUCUUUACUCAUAUCUUUUCCUUUAGGUACAAAAGAAGAUGAAAAAUGUAAAAAAGACAAAUGUAUAUUUACAACAUAAGAGCACUGUAUGCAAUUUAGAACUGCGGGAAGUGAAUCAGAUGCAUGCACAAUGUUAUGCAAAACGAACAAACAAACAAACAAACAAACAAAAAAAAAAAACAGAAAAAAAAAUUGAUAGAUAAAAGAGCACAUGGUUCCAAUUCAGCAUGAAAUAAAUUUUGUAUGAAACCUG